CUGUCAUGUACCGAGAACUCGAAUUCCUGAAUACCGUCUGGCGCAAAAUCGAGCGCCUCAGUCGCUAAUAGCAUUUGGACAAGCCCCUAUCGACUCCUCACACUCGCUGAACCCCACCGCUUUCUAGGCCAGGCUAUCCGAUGUUCGCGUCCAAGCUUUCAGUCGUGUUCGGUCCUCUCAUCAUUUGUGAGAAGCGCUAUGUAAGGUAUAAUACGUACGUAUACACAAUGACCAAAACCAUUUCAACUGUUUUGGUUAUUCGAAGCUUGGUUCACUUUCCUCUUGACUUGCUUCCACCCUUCUUUGUCUUCUGCUCGUCGUUGUGUAACUUCCGCGACUUUAUACCCUAUAUCGCCAGUCACUCAUUUGUCCAUACGCUCCUUAGCUAUAUCCUAAAAACAACAAUUCUAGCCACCUGAAACCUCACCUGACUUUCGGAGUCAGUCUACUAUAAUUCCCAAUGCUAGUGUCCUCAGCCAUCCUCCUCGCUUCUGCGAUUCUUCCUUUCACCCUUGGCGGCACCCAUGGCCAUAACCAACGCGGACGCCAUCAAGAAUUAGCCCAGCGGGCGCGAGGCGACGUGGGCAACCACAAACGCUCUUUCGACAACGCACGCUUCACCUUUUAUGACGUUGGCUUGGGUGCUUGUGGGCAGUACAGCUCUCCUAACGAUUUCAUCGUUGCCCUCAAUGUCGCCCAAUAUGGUGAAGGUUACCCGGGUCCGCAGUGCUUCAAGUCCAUUAUCAUUUCGUAUGGGGACAAAUCUGCCCAGGCCACCAUCAUGGACAAAUGUAUGGGGUGCCCGUACGGUGGGCUUGACUUCUCUGAGAGUCUUUUCAGUUACUUCGCUUCUGAAAGUGGUGGCGUUCUGUACGGGUCGUGGCGUUUCAAUGAUGGCGUCAGCAAACGUGCAGUAUCCACGAGCUCCAAAUGGAUGCCUACGCCGGUUCCUCGUGCUGAUUUGCCCAUGCCUAUUUACACACAGUCAGGCCUGCACCACUAUGCCGCUGACACAAACGCCACCACCUCCACCAUAUCUGCAUCCGAAACCAGCACUACAUCUACAAGCGAAACCCCUACUACUUCUCUGACCGACACCAGUACCACAUCUACGAGCGAAACCCCCACUACCUCUCUGACCGACACUAGUACCACAUCUACAAGCGAAACCCCCACCACUUCCCUGACCGACACUAGCACCACAUCUACGAACUCUUUCCCAACGACGUCACGGUUGACUGCUCAUAUGACGGCACGGGUUUAGCGGUCAUUCUCCGAGUAUACGGAAGCUCCUAUGGAAAUUCCUACUUUAAGCUCUCACGAGGUGUAAUUUAUUUCAUUUUUACAUCAUGAUGUCAUUGAUGUCUUCUUACAUCCUAACUCUUUGCGGAACUCCUUUCCUCAAGACAGUGGCUGAUGAGGAGAAUCCUUGCAUCAAAGUUCUUGUUGUUAAUGCUGGAUUCGAGAGGCCACGACUCAUCUGAAGGUACUUUAGAACUGAAUGAUGGCUCAGAU